CACAAGUUUAGAACACAACAUAGACUUUUGACUACGGCCUUGCCUUUUCUCCUACGGGACACAAGCCAGCACUCCGCUCUGAGUCAAUCUAUCGGCUAUCUGCCGUCUUCUGUCGAUCUCGGGCCUGGAGGAUUAGAAGCUUAAGCCGGUCGUGGCUGGGCCUGCCCCAUCUGUCUUACGUCACUCGAAUUGGAGAUCCUGCCAGGUCUAGUGCCAGGUACGAAGUACUGCGGCUCUGCAUUCGCUCACUUGCAUUCAGCGAUCCAAUCUGCAACCUGCAAUAUCCGUCCGGGUAGCCGUUACAACACUAUGCACCUACCAUUAUGACUUCCUGGGCAUUAUGCAGUGGCGCGAGGGCCUUCCGCAGCACCAACAACGGCGGCUUUCGUAGCCUCAGCCUUGGGCCUGGCCCUGGUCUCGGUGCUUCGUCUUGGGCUUUGAUGCCAGUGUGGGGUAGGCCCUUGCAUCUGACGCUGAGAAACCAUAGGCAGCUUCAUAAUGAGGCCAUGCCCGCGGGGGAGGGGGGGUUAACUGCUCAUGAUGGCAUCAGUGCUACGUCGUCUACUACGGGCUUGCGGCAUCCUUCCCCCGAAUUACUAGGCACGCUUACGACUGGGAAGGUUCAGGGCAGACGGGCCUCCAGCUUGACUGACGGGGCGCCGAGCUCGCGCAGAUGCUUUUCCUUCGGUGUUAGACGGCGGGAUCGUGAGGGGAAGAGCAAAGACACACCACAAACCCUAGCAACUCGCGGCAUUCGCAAGGUCCUGCCUACCAGCAUCGCUGCCGUCACGCCGCGGGAGAACAUCUACACGGUCCCGAACUUGCUGACCUUUAGUCGCCUCAUCGCCGCGCCUUUCAUCGGCUAUGCCAUCCUGCACGACGCCCAUGCCUGGGCCCUGGGCCUCUUCGUCUACGCGGGCGUCUCGGACCUGCUCGAUGGUUGGAUCGCCCGCCGGUGGAAACUGCAGACCGUCGUGGGCAGUAUUGUGGAUCCCAUGGCCGACAAGAUCCUCAUGACCAUCUUGACGGUGUGUCUGGCCACCAACGGCGCUCUUCCGGUCUGGCUGGCAGCAAUCAUCCUAGGCCGCGACGUCGGUCUGGCCAUUUCCGCCAUCUAUUACCGCUGGAUUUCACUCCCGCCCCCGAAGACCUUCAACCGAUACUGGGACUUCUCGCUGCCUUCGGCUGAGGUUCGGCCUACGACUAUCAGCAAGUAUAACACGUUUCUGCAGCUGGCCCUUAUGGGUGCGACGACGGUGGCGCCGCUGGUGGCGAUUGACGUGGGCACGGCCUUGACGGGUUUGCAGUACGUCGUUGCCACUACGACGGUCUGGAGUGGUUUGAGUUAUGUGUUUAGCAAGGAUGCCGUCAAGAUUCUAUCGCAGAAUAAGGAUAAGAGCAAAGAUGCGGAUGAGUCCAAGAAGGAACCAUAGUCAUGUCCUUAACUUGAGGCGUGUUAUCCCAAACGACGAGGGUGUGCAUUCAGUUCGCUGAAGGUAUCUACAGUCACCAGGGCGACUCGGAAGUUGAUGUGUGUAUACUAGAAAGCAUUAUACGCGACAAGCGAGAAACGGGACACAUAAGGGGGGACCGAAAUAGAUAUAGAAACGGCAUCUAAUGUAUCAUACCUUGUUUCGAUGGAUCACUAUAUUUUACACGCGUUAGUAGUAGCAGAGUUCGUGGCAUGAACACAUUUACUUAUAAGACCCAC